AUGAAGCUUAGGUCCCGAAAAAUCGAUGCUGAUGGAGCAUCGACAUCAGCUCCAAAGAUAGCAAGAAUGGAGUCCUUUGAGAGUAUUUUCCCUGGCAUGCUGAUUUCAUAUGGAAAAUUCGGAAAGUGUGUUGGAACCGAAUGCGAUGGAGUGCCGCUAGGAACUGCAGAAAUUCAAGGCAGAAACUUAUGCGGAGUCUGUGCAACGGAGGAGUAUGGCAGCGACUUCCUUGAAACCGAGGACACUUCUUUUGAACAGUCUGACGCGAAAUUCAAAUGCCCAGCCUACGGCAAAGAAGGAAGCUGUAACUCAAAGAUGGUUUCUAUCGAUGUUUUUUACUUGGGAACAUGUUGCGAGCCAGCUUCAAAAGUGUUUGUUGAAAAUAAAAAAGCCCAAGAAAAACAACUAAAAGUUGUUCAUCACUUCUAUCGAAUUGAGUUCGAAAAUGUCCAUUGCAGCAAGAACUUUUUCGAGAGUACGAAAUGCCAGAUGAAGGGCAUAGAAGACGAGAUACAACGAGACCAAGAGGCCUUGGAAGAAAAGAUGAAGAAAGUCGAAGAAGACAAAAAAAUUCUUGAAGGGAAGAAGAAGCAUCUCGAGAGAAUGAACCAAAAUCAUGAAGCCUCAAAGAGACAGUUGAUCAAAAACGAGAAUGUAAAGAAUGAUGUCCUCAAGCGACUCAAACAACUUUCAUAUCAAUAUCAUUCAGUCGCCACCAAGCUCUCUCUCGAUGAAGAUGUUGAAGCAAAAGAGAACAGGAAAGACUUCGAAUAUUGCAAAGCUUGCGGCGAGAAUUAUAAUGAGACAGAUCGCCGAAAGUCAUUCUUGCCGACGUGCGGCCAUGUCGCUUGCCUGAAAUGUUUUGAAGAGGACGCCUGCGAACAGGAUGAUUAUCCAUUCUGUCCCAUGAAUUGGGUCAAGGAUUGUGACAAUCAAUACUACUUGCAUGAGGUCCGACGAUUAUACGAAUAG